AUGGAUCGUAGUUGGAUGCAAAAAAACCGCUCAAGUGAAGAGUAUAAAAAAGGAGUGUUAGAGUUUUUGACAUUUGCCGAAACUAAUCUUCCCAAAAGUAAUGGACGAUUUCAUUGUCCUUGUGCUAAGUGUGUGAAUAUUGCACCUUUAAAUGCUAACAUCGUAUGGGAUCAUCUUAUAGUCAAUGGGAUUUGUCAAAAUUAUACGAAGUGGAUAUGGCACGGUGAAUUGUCUGAUGCGCCAAUGGCCUCCCUGAGAGAAGAGUUUGAUAUAGAGGCGAGUGAUUAUCUAGAAGAAAUGAUUCGUGAUAUUGGACAAGACUCUUUUCAACGAGCACACGUACACGAUACUCUUUGCAAUGACAACAAAGUUCCUUUGUACCCAGAUUGUAAAAACUUCACACGAUUGUCGGCCGUGCUGAGAUUAUUCAAUUUGAAGGCAAUUAAUAGUUGGACAGAUAAAAGCUUCACACAAUUGCUUGAGUUGUUGAAGGAAAUGCUUCCAGAUGAAAACACGUUGCCGGACCGGGUGUAUGAUGCAAAAAAGAUAUUAUGUCCUAUGGGUAUGGAGUAUAAGAAAAUACAUGCAUGCCCCAAUGAUUGCAUAUUGUACUGGAAAGAUAAUGAAGAGAAAGAAAAGUGUCCCAAGUGUAUGACAUCACGAUAUAAAAAGAAAGGUGAUGAUGAAAGUUGUGAUGUAACCACAAAGGGUCCUCCAGCAAAGGUGUUAUGGUACCUUCCAAUUAUUCCGAGGUUUAAGCGAUUGUUUGCGAAUUUAAAUGAUGCGAAGAAUAUUAGAUGGCAUGCAGAAGAGAGGAAUUGUGAUGGAAAAAUUCGGCAUCCGGCCGAUUCUUUGCAAUGGAAGAAGGUUGAUACCUUAUUUCCUGACUUCGGCAAUGAACCAAGAAACCUUAGGCUUGGACUUUCUACAGAUGGAAUGAAUCCAUAUGGCAGUUUAAGUAGUAAUCAUACUUCAUGGCCUGUUCUAUUGAUUAUUUACAACUUAUCUCCUUGGUUGUGCAUGAAGAGGAAACACAUUAUGUUAUCUAUGAUGAUUUCGGGACCGAAACAACCUGGAAAUGACAUAGAUGUCUAUCUAAGUCCCUUAAUUGAUGACUUAAGAAAGUUGUGGGAUGAAGGAAUUGAUGUGUUUGAUACUUAUGGUAACUUGUCUGGUUACAAAGUUAAGGGGCAUAAAGCAUGCCCUAUAUGUGAAAAAGAUACUUGCUACCAUCAGUUGGAGAAGGGAAAGAAGACUGUUUAUCUUGGACAUCGAAGAUUUCUUAAACGUAACCACCCAUAUCGAAGAUUAAAAAAGGCUUUUAAUGGAUAUCAAGAGUAUAAGGUUGCCCCGAAGGCCUUAACUGGAGAAGAAGUCUAUCACCGGGUGAGGAACAUAAGUGUUAGUUUUGGAAAAAAACAAAAAAAAGUUACAAAUAGUAAUAUAUGGAAGAAGAGGUCCGUAUUCUUUGACCUUCCAUAUUGGUCUAGUCUUGAUGUAAGACAUUGUAUUGAUGUAAUGCACGUGGAGAAAAAUGUGUGUGAUAGUGUAAUUGGAACACUUCUCAACAUUCAAGGUAAGACAAAGGAUGGUUUAAACUCUCGUUUAGAUAUGGUUAAUAUGAAAAUAAGAGAAGAGUUAGCUCCAGAACCAAGAGGUACCAAAAUGUAUUUACCACCGGCAUGCCAUACAUUGUCAAAAGAAGAGAAAAUAAGAUUUUGUGAGUGUCUACAAGGUGUGAAAGUGCCCAAUGGCUACUCCUCAAAUGUCAAAAGUCUGGUGUCAAUACAAGAUCUCAAACUAAUUGGCUUGAAAUCUCAUGAUUGUCACAUUUUGAUGCAACAACUACUACCUGUGGCUAUUCGUGGCAUCUUACCCAAAAAUGUCCGACAUGCCAUAACUAGAUUGUGCUUUUUCUUUAAUGAUAUAUGCAACAAAGUGAUUGACCCUGAUAAAUUGGAUGAGAUGGAAAAUGAGUCUAUUGUUAUUUUGUGUCAGUUGGAGAUGUUUUUUCCUCCUUCAUUUUUUGACAUCAUGGUUCACUUAAUAGUCCAUCUAGUUAGAGAGAUUAAAGUGUGUGGCCCUGUUUAUUUAAGAUGGAUGUAUCCUUUUGAACAGUACAUGAAGAUAUUGAAAAGCUAUGUGAAGAAUCAUUAUCGUCCGGAGGCAUCUAUUGUUGAAAGGUACAUCACAGAAGAAGCCAUUGAGUUUUGUACAGAGUAUUUGUCACAUGCAAAACCUGUAGGAUUACCUAAGUCUCGUCACGACGGAAGAUCUUUGUGA